GUCCUGGGCGGCCUCUCCCAGACGGACUCCCGUGACUACAGCUUGGUGACAGCCAGCUGUGGCUUUGGCAAGGAUUUCCGCAAGGGCAUCCUCAAGAAAGGCAUGUGCUACGGGGAUGACGCCUGCUUCGUGGCCCGGCACCGGUCGGCAGAUGUGCUGGGGGUAGCAGAUGGUGUAGGUGGCUGGAGAGACUAUGGGGUUGACCCUUCUCAGUUCUCAGGGACUCUUAUGCGAACAUGUGAACGUUUAGUAAAAGAAGGACGGUUCGUACCAAGCAAUCCUGUUGGGAUUCUCACCACAGGUUAUUGUGAGCUGCUGCAGAACAAAGUACCUUUGCUUGGAAGCAGUACAGCUUGUAUAGUAGUUCUGGACAGAACAAGUCAUCGUUUACAUACAGCCAACUUGGGAGACUCUGGAUUUUUGGUAGUCAGAGGAGGAGAAGUAGUACAUCGAUCUGAUGAGCAGCAGCAUUACUUCAACACUCCAUUCCAACUGUCAAUAGCUCCACCAGAAGCAGAAGGAGUUGUCUUAAGUGACAGCCCUGAUGCUGCUGACAGUACUUCUUUUGAUGUCCAACUUGGAGACAUUAUUUUGACUGCAACAGACGGACUGUUUGACAACAUGCCUGACUACAUGAUUCUGCAGGAGUUAAAAAAGCUGAAGAACUCCAACUAUGAGAGUAUACAGCAGACUGCAAGAAGCAUUGCUGAGCAAGCUCACGAGCUGGCAUAUGAUCCCACUUACAUGUCGCCGUUUGCACAGUUUGCAUGUGACAAUGGAUUGAAUGUGAGAGGGGGAAAACCAGAUGACAUCACCGUCCUUCUUUCUAUUGUGGCCGAGUAUACAGACUGAUCUGCCCGGAGCGUCAGCUUCUGACGUUUUUGUUAGCCCCGAGCUCCUAGCUUCACGCGUACGGUUUCCUGCUGGCAGGAUUGCUUUCUUCCUUCGCAGCUGAUCUCAGCAGCCGGUUCUCGAGCUCGUUGCCUGUCUUGAGACGCAACUGAAGUCCUUGUUAAGAACCACUCUCGUAGUACACUGGUCUUUGUCUGCCAGCAAGAAAUGAAGAAGCUCAAGGCUUGAAGCGUGUCUUUCAGAGCUUAGUCAUUGUCCUUAAAAGGGGGAGGAUCAAUCCCACAUCGUUACUGCGUUCGAAACGUGACUUACUUUCAAAGGGGUAGAAUUGGUUUAUCAUCUUUCAAACUAGAUUCAAUAGCUAGAACCUCUCUAAGAGGGCGUAUUACUCUAUUUACUAGAAACAUUCACUAUUCAUUAAAGGGUAUGUUACAGAACACAGUUUCAUAAGCAUAGUCUUGUAACAGUGAUAGCUGAGGUUUCGUGUUUCUAAGCUCCAGUUUUCAGGAGAUUUAUAACUGCUGUAAACAUUCUGCUCUUGCCAUACAUGGUGUCAGCCUAGGAGCCUUUUCUAGUACGAAAUUUCAAAAAACAUACUUAGUUCAAGUUAUAUGGAUGCAAAUGUGUUUUGUGAUUUCAGGUGCUUAACUGUGAUCUUAAAAGUUCUGCAGAUCAUUCGUCCGUAAUGGGCCCGGUAUCUGGAUGUUUUGGCUGUGGAUAAUGCUGGGGGUUUUUUGUUUUCUUCUGUUUUUUUAACAAAAAUCUUAACUCAGUCUCAAAAAGCCGAGCUGGCCGAAGUUGAGGUCCUUUCAGCAUUGUAACCCAUCUCACCAGCGCGGGGUGAUGCGGCAUAAAUGCUACAGUGGGAAGUUGCACAAAGAACAGAUCAUCCCCAACUCCGAACGUCUUCGCUUUUGGUAGAUAAUUCUGUUGUUAACGAAACAUAAUUUGUGUUGACAACUGCCAUUCUCGCUUGUGUAGAACGGAAUGUGCUGCACCGGUUUCAGUCCAGUUGACCCUUACCUUUCUGAUUCUCAAACAAGCACCUCUUUCUUGGGCUGUGGCAGCAGCAGUAAGUACAUAAAUGGAAACUCUUAUGAAUAAUCAGCAAAACUUACAUUUCAG